CUUCAGCUAGGCGCGGUGAUUCAUUCCCUCCUUUGCCCGGGGGCUCCCUUCCUGGCCAGACUGCGGGACAGGCGACUGGGUGUGCAGCAACCUCGAACCCGUGAGCCAGAGAGCAGAACUUCUUUUGCGUCCGGGGGACUCCCAGCACACACCAUGGCGGACUCUGAGCGCCUCUCAGCCCCCGGCUGCUGGUUAGCCUGCACCAGCUUUUCGCGCACCAGAAAGGGAAUGCUCCUGUUUGCUGAGAUUAUACUAUGCCUGGUGAUUUUAAUCUGCUUCAGUGCGUCUACUUCAGCGUACUCAACUCUGUCGGUGAUUGAGAUGAUUUUUGCUGCUGUCCUCUUUGUCUUCUACAUGUGUGACCUGCACUCCAGGAUAUCAUUCAUCAACUGGCCUUGGACUGACUUCUUCCGGUCCCUCAUAGCAGCCAUCCUCUACCUGAUCACCUCCAUUGUUGUCCUUGUAGAAGAAAGAGGCAGCUCCAAAAUCGUCGCUGGGGUACUGGGCCUACUUGCUACAGUGCUCUUUGGCUAUGAUGCGUAUUUCACCUUCCCUUUAAAGCAGCAAAGACAUACAGCGGCCCCCACUGACCCCACAGAUGGACCAUGAUCCUCUGUCUCUGCUACCUGCCAAAAAUAGCUCCUCCAUCAAAAACUUUCUCCUGCCUGGUGUGGUGGUGCACGCCUUUAAUCCAAGCACUCAAGAGGCAGAGGCAGAUGGAUCUGUGUGAGUUCGAGGCCAGGGCUACACAGUGAGAUCCUGUCUCAAAAAAUACCUCUUCCCGUUUCUACAACACUCUCAGCCAAUUCUCUGACCCCUGUUGAAAGUGCUUAGGGUACAAGAAAUUGAACCUAGGCAAGCACUCUCCACUGAGUUAUAUAUUCCUGUAAAAGUGCCUUUUUUUGGGAAGUUUUGUCUUCCAGCCUGCCAAUCAACCUUCCUGGGUGUGGUCACCUUUAUGGGGGUACUUAGACCCCCACUUUUGCUCUGCAGUACCAGCAGCUAACAUGAGUUCUGCUUGAACCAUAUUCCCCACAUAAGCUACAAAACGAGUGACCCACUACAAAUAACCCUUUUCUCUGUGUGGGGUGAGCUGUGAAGGGCUAAGUAAAUAAUAAAAAUAUUGUUAAAGUCUAUAA